AUGUCCACCUCGAUCCCCGACAACCAACUGGGCCUCUCGCAGAGCGAAGUCCAGCUCCUCCGCCAGCACCAGCAGAUUGCCCUCUCCCAGCAGGGCUCCUCGUCCUCGCGCGCCGCGUCGCAUGCCUCGAGCCAGGGCCGUCUCCUCCUGGAUCCCACAAGCCUGCAGGCGCUCAGCGCCCACUUUGACCGUCUGAUGUACUCGAUCCAGCAGCGCUGGCACUACUCGACCCGCGCGGGCGCCGCCAUCCAGAACGCCGACGCCGAAAUCGCGCGCUUCCGGGCCAUUCUGCGCGAAAUCGACGAGCUGCAGGUCGAGUUCGACAAGGUGCGGCGCAUCGGCGAGAUUGUAAAGGGCUUCCGCGCGCGCGUCCAGCACCUCGAGCGCCGCAUAUGA